UCCCUCCUGAAAAAUAACUGCCCUCGGUUGUGACAGGUGCGCUUCUGACAAAAUCUAUGGAACAUUAUCUGAGUGCAUUAUAAAGUGAAAAUUGACAUGUCAUUCCCCGGCUGGCCAUGUGAAUGUAUUAAAAAAAAAAAAAAAGCUAUUUCCUUAUUUCCUCCUUAAGUGCUGCUCAACUUUCCCGGCAUCGCUUGAAGACCGUAAGACAUCUGAUCACGCACAACGGGACCGCCUGCUGCAAAGACUAAUCGUAGUCCGCGCACACGUUUCAGCACGUUGGACAGCGCACGGCGCCGCAGAGGCGGUGCGUGGAUUCAACCGGUGGGUUUCAACCAGAGCAGAGGAGUGAGAGGAUCGGUACACUGAAUGCAGCAUUAAAACUCUUUUUAAUUUUGCUCCUCGUGUGAGACAGAUCUUUAUUCUUUGUGGAUCGCUUGUAUUUGUGGGGCUGGCUCCUUUCUCCCUCUCUCUCUCUUUCUUUUAACAUCGAUUCCGUCGUGUGGGAAGGCGUGACGCCGGAUGAGUGGUUGACUCCAAAAGCCGUGCUGAGCAGCGUGGAAUAGGUGACUGUCAGGCAGGCGGAGUGGUGUGGUGGUGGUGCCCAAGAGACCCUCCAUUUAUAAGGAUGCUGGUGGGAAAUGCCUGGAGACAGAGAUGACGAGAUUUGUCAAAAGGCUCUUGAACUCCUGUCCGAUCUUUGUUCGAAGGGGGAAGUGCAAAACGAAAACUGUCUGGAUUUUAUCUACUACUUCCGAGACCUCGCCAGGCCACGCUACACGGAUUCAGAUAUAUCAGUGAGUCUGUUGUCACUGGUGGUAACUGCCUGUGGCUUGGCCCUGUUUGGGGUCUCCCUCUUUGUCUCCUGGAAGCUCUGCUGGAUACCAUGGCGAGAGCGUGGGCUCUCCCCCACCACCAAGGAGCCCCAUGGGCACCUCAACCCCACCAUGAGCCCUUUGCCCUCACAACCUGCACCCAGACAGCCAGUAUACACGGCUGUGGACCCCCCGUUGCACAACCGCCGUGAGUCUUCGCACUGUUCCAUAGCCAGAGAGCCAACUCCUGUGGCAUCUGUUGUGUCUGUGGAGGCUCCUAUGACUCCUGUGUCACCCCCUCCUGUGGUCUUGGCCACACCUGAGGCAGCUAUGAAGAUCAGUCACACGUCUCCAGACAUCCCGCUGGACGCCCAGAGUAAAAGCCGGGAAAACGGGGUUCACACUACCCCUCGUAUGCAGAGACAAACCACUGAACCCCCGCCUUCUGGUAGAUCAAUGUCUGAAAUUGGACAAGGGUCAAUUCGCAGACAUAUGAACCUCUCUAACCCAGACUUCAAUGUGGCCCAGUUCCAAAGGCAGGACUCCCUCACUGGUAUGGGCCUGGGGCUUGGUCGCCUCAAACCUGAGCUCUACAAGCAGCGCUCCCUUGAGGGAGAUGAAGGCAGUCGCAGAGGUGGGGGCUGUGGGCGCCUCCACUUCAUCCUCAGAUUUGACUGCGACCAGGAACAGUUGAUAGUUAAGCUACAUAAAGCGGAGGACCUCCCAGCCAAGGAUUUCUCUGGUACCUCUGACCCUUAUGUUAAGAUCUACCUGCUGCCUGAUCGUAAGACCAAGCACCAGACCAAGGUGCAUCGUAAAACGCUGAACCCUGUGUUUGAUGAGGUCUUCCUGUUUCCUGUGGCAUACUCUGAGCUUCCCACACGCAAGCUGCACUUCAGUGUCUACGACUUCGACCGCUUUUCCCGCCAUGAUAUCAUAGGUCAAGUGGUGGUGGACAACUUCCUGGAUCUGGCAGACUUUCCCAGGGAGACAAAACUCUGCAGGGAGAUCCAGUAUGUCUCCUCGGAUAACGUGGACCUUGGGGACCUGAUGUUUUCACUCUGUUACUUGCCCACUGCUGGCAGAUUGACUAUUACAAUGAUAAAGGCUCGCAAUCUCAAGGCCAUGGAUAUCACUGGCGCAUCUGAUCCAUAUGUGAAGGUUUCACUGAUGUGUGACGGCCGCAGACUGAAGAAGAGGAAGACAUCAACCAAGAGGAACACUCUGAAUCCAAUUUAUAACGAGGCCAUUGUCUUUGAUGUACCACCCGAAAACAUAGAGCAGAUCAGCCUUUUGAUUGCGGUGAUGGACUAUGACCGAGUAGGCCAUAAUGAGGUCAUCGGAGUGUGUCGAGUUGGCAAUGAUGCGGACAGUCUCGGCCGUGAUCACUGGAGUGAAAUGCUCACAUAUCCCCGAAAACCUGUUGCCCACUGGCAUCCUCUCGUUGAGUACCAAGGGACCACAGGUAGUAGCCAGGGAGGAUCCUGUAAUUCUCUGAAGACGCCGCCUUCUCCGUAGCCUUGAACAACAUCUCAUAUGAGGGCACCGAUCACCCAGCUGCAGCCGGACCGUGGAGUGCUGCUCACGGAUGGAAACAGAAAACGGCAGGCAUCUGUAGACGACUAUGGAAAAGAGAAACACAAACUGUCUUGAGGUCCGCUCGCUUGGAUCAGCUGCAUGUUGAAUGACCGCUGCAAAGAGGGUUUUCUUUUCUAUGAUGUUUCAUGAGAAAAAAACAACAGGCGUAUGCAGACAUUUUAAGUCUGUGCUAUUCCUGGGUUUCUAAAGUCGUUACUGUUUUUUACAUGGUCUUGUUACUUGUUUUAAUGAUGUGAGUCUGUAUUUGCACAGCGUACUUACAACCAGUUGAACUGCCAUGCUGUUUGCUCAUUUGGUGGUGAAUUGGUGCAUGAGAUCAUGGUUUGGUGGGAUAUCUUCUACUCGUUUGUUAGUUUCUAUUUUUGGAAUACAAUGUGUCGUUCUGUCAGUCGGUGUGCAGUGACAGUUAAUUUCUAGACAAAGUAUCUGUAAGUAAAAUAUGUCGAAUGUUAUAAAUAAAUAUUAUUCCAUAAAAUGUC